AUGCCGCUCUGUCUCACCUUCAUCGACUUAAAGAAGGCUUUCGACUCGGUUGAGACGGAAGCGGUCGUGGAAGCCUUGGACAACCAAGGCGUCCCUACUCAGUAUAUAAAGGUACUUCGAGAGUUGUACACCACCCUCGAGAACGCAAUGCGAAAGCUGGAAUGGGACGACAUGGGAGUGAAGGUUGAUGGUCGGCAGCUACACCAUUUGCGCUUUGCUGAUGACAUCGUAUUGGUAACACCUAGCAUCAGCCAAGCGGAACGAAUGCUGACCGAAUUCGACGAAACAUGUGGAUGCAUCGGUCUUCAGCUGAAUCUACAAAAGACGAUGUUCAUGCAGAACGGAUGGGUCUCGGAUGCCCCAUUCACGCUCAACGGAACGAACAUAUCCGAAUGCACCAGCUACGUUUAUCUGGGUCGGGAACUGAACAUGAUGAACGACCUGACCCCCGAGCUGGGCAGGAGGAGACGAGCGGCUUGGGGAGCGUACAAGAGCAUCGAGGAUGUAGUGAAGAAGACCAGGAACACCCGGCUCCGUGCUCACCUCUUCAACACCACCGUACUUCCUGCUUUGACCUAUGCUUCGGAAACCUGGGCAUUUCGCAAGCAGGAAGAAAACGCGGUGAGCGUCAUUGAACGCGCAAUUGAGAGAGUGAUGCUAGGAGUAUCCCGUUUCACGCAAGUGAGGGACGGGAUUCGAAGUUCUCUCCUACGUCAGCGAUCGAAGAUUAGAGACGCCGCCGCGUUUGCCAAGGAAAGUAAAAUAAGGUGGGCCGGACACGUGAUGCGCUUUAAUGACAACCGUUGGACCAGAGCCGUGAGCGACUGGGUUCCCCGCGAUAUUAAGCGCACUACAGGAAGACCGCCGACCCGAUGGUCAGAUUUCUUCACGAAGUCCUUGAAAGAAAAAUAUGAUGCUCUUCGUGUCCCACGCGAAAGGAGGAACCACUGGGCUACUCUGGCACGCGAUCGGGACAAAUGGAAGAAUUACUGGCGCCCGCUCGACCAGUUCGAAGAUCAACGGGAGUCAAGGUGA